AAAUGGAUGAAAACAAUGGGCUUUUACUUCUAGAACUGAAUCCUCCUAACCCCUGGGAUUCAGAGCCCAGAUCCCCUGAAGAUUUGACUUUUGGAGAAGUGCAGGUAACAUAUCUCACUCAUGCCUGCAUGGAUCUCAAGUUGGGAGACAAGAGAAUGGUGUUUGACCCUUGGUUAAUGGGUCCUGCUUUUGCCAGAGGAUGGUGGUUGCUACAUGAGCCUCCGUCUGAUUGGCUGGAGAGGCUGUGCCAAGCAGACCUAGUUUAUGUCAGUCACAUGCACUCAGACCACCUGAGUUACCCGACACUAGAGAAGCUUGCUGGGAAAAGACCAGAUAUUCCCAUUUAUGUUGGAAACACAGAAAGACCUGUAUUUUGGAAUCUGAAGCAGAGCGGUGUCAAGUUGACUAAUAUCAAUGUAGUGCCAUUUGGAAUAUGGCAGCAGGUAGACAAAAAUCUUCGAUUCAUGAUCCUGAUGGAUGGUGUUCAUCCUGAGAUGGACACCUGCAUCAUCGUGGAAUACAAAGGUCAUAAAAUACUCAAUACAGUAGACUGCACCAGACCUAAUGGAGGAAGGCUGCCUGAGAAGGUUGAUCUAAUGAUGAGUGAUUUUGCUGGAGGAGCAUCCGGCUUUCCAAUGACUUUCAACGGUGGAAAAUUUACUGAGGAAUGGAAAGCCCAAUUCAUUAAAACAGAAAGGAAGAAGCUCCUGAACUACAAGGCUCGACUGGUGAAGGACCUGCAACCCCGAAUCUAUUGUCCCUUUGCUGGGUAUUUUGUGGAAUCCCACCCAUCGGACAAGUAUGUCAAGGAAUUUGAUAUUUCUAUAGACCCUAUGGAUGUUAAAAGACUAAUAAAGAAAAACUCUGAUGUGAUAACGUGGACCCCACGACCUGGAGCCACCCUUGAUCUGGCUAGGAUGCUAAAGGACCCCACAGACAGCAAGGGCAUCAUAGAGCCUCCCCAGGGGACUAAAAUUUACAAGGAUUCCUGGGACUUUGAACCUUAUUUAAAAGUCUUGAAUGCUGCCGUAGAAGAUGAAAUAUUUCUUCACUCAUCCUGGAUAAAAGAAUACUUCACUUGGGCUGGAUUUAAGGAUUAUAACCUUGUGGUCAGGAUGAUUGAGACAGAUGACGACUUCAGCCCUUUUCCUGGAGGAUAUGACUAUUUGGUUGACUUUCUAGAUUUAUCCUUUCCAAAAGAAAGACCACGCCGAGAACAUCCCUAUGAGGAAAUUCGUAGCCGGGUUGAUGUCAUCAGACAUGUAGUGAAGAAUGGGCUGCUCUGGGAUGACUUGUAUAUAGGAUUCCAAACCCGGCUCCAGCGGGAUCCUGACAUAUACCAUCAUCUGUUUUGGAAUCAUUUUCAAAUAAAACUCCCCCUCACACCACCCAACUGGAGGUCAUUCCUAAUGCGUGGUGAGCAGAAUGGGCCUGGGAUUCCCCAGGAAUGCAAAGCAAUAUGAAAAGUUCAAGAAUUCACUGGUCAAUUAAAAAAA